AUGGAGGCUGGGUCCGCAAGUGCUGGUCUGCUCGGAACACCCGUUCUUGUGAGACCUUCACUCAAUACGGGGGGUGUUUUACACGCGCCGCUCACCGCACGAUGCACAGGUCACCCCCGGAUUCGACCGGUGGAAGUGGCGAGGCAAGUGCCCGUGCAGCGGGCCUGCUCACAGCCGCCGCCUUUCAGGUACAUCCAAGCGAUGCCUGCACAGCCUCCCCAGCGCUUCAUCACUUUGGACCUGCCACAAGCAGGUGCUGUGGGCCAAGCGCGCAGCCAGUCUCCUCAACGGCUGGUGCGCUGUGGACCCACGAGUGAAGAUCGAAGGAGGUGCAUGCGGCAGCUGAACAUCAUCAGAGAAGCUCUCAAGAACUGGCCUUCCGAAUCUACCGAGUUGGCGCUGCAAGAGGCGGUGGAUUUUGUGCGGCGCUCCUCGCUCGAGGGAGGCGAGCACUGGACGGCCAAGGAGCUGCGGUGUUUUGGCUUGCGGAUGCUGGCGACGCAUGGUUUGGAAGCCGUCAGCUGGCCAGCAGGCGACUGGCUGGCCAUGUUGCAAAAGGCUUGCGGCAGUGAGCUGGCGGUGGACGAAGUUUCAGCUUCAACCAUGAAGCCACUGUCCAGUGGCGCAGCUGUUCGAUUGGGUCAAGCUGCAUUCCAGCGCUUGGCAGCGCAGUUGGAAGCAGAGUUGGCAGAACCGAGACUUUUGAAGGCAGAGAGAGUCUGGCCAGUGCGACCAGCAGUGUCGGCUCGCCGGAGCGUAGGCUCCGAGAGCACCAUUGCAUCAAGUGUGUCUCCGAGCAGCAUCUCGGCAAGCAGCCAGGGGACGUGGGAGCGGCACGUCGCUGCUGGUCCCGUCGUUCAGGAAGCCAGGCUGGCGCCGCUGGCGUCGGUACCUGUACAACCUGUACACCUGGCGGCCUUGGCGCCGGCGGCAGUGGCGCGCCGCUUGAAAGCCAGCCCAGGCAAGCACUCACGGCCCUGCGAUGGACUCGAGAACAUGCCAAGUUUCAGAGUGACGAAUGCCAGUGGGAACAGGAAGAGUGCCGGGGAGAUGCGGGCCUUCGGUGCCUUUGCAGAUUCUGCAGUCCUGUCGACCCCAGCAGCGUCGACCCCAGCAGCUCCAGGCUUGAGCCUGGAGGAGGAGUUCGCGAGGCUGCGGCAGGACAUCGCCGAGGAGCGGGCGGAGCGCCAGGCCCUGGCCGGCCUCGUGGAGACCUUGCUCCAGGAAAGACAUCCGCCUCGCCGGCGUUGCUGCGGCGUCAGUCAUGGCAUUGUGCAGCAAGAAGGCUACGAGCCGGAAGCCACCCAAGACUGGAUGCCAAACUUCGGAUCCCUGAUGGGUGAGGAGUGGGGGCGCUACAGGCAAUGUGUCAUCAAGGAAGAGGAGUCCCACGCACUGGAUGUGGACACGCAGAUGGGGCAGCCAUCUCCGUCAGCUGCUUCCUGCACGUCGCCUGAGGGAACAUUGGACCUGCCUCCCCCACCCAUCACCACCUACAGGACGGAUCUACAGGCACCCUUCACACCCUUCACACAGUCUCAGGCAACACAAGUUCACGAUAAAGUUUUAGCAGACACACGCGCUGCGCUCGACCACCUGGAGAAGCAGCUGUGUUUGGCCGUCUCCCCGCAGACUCAGACCACCACGCCACCCGUCACGACAUCUGGAUCACCCGGCUUCAACCUGGAGGAUGGUGACCGACGCGAGUUGGACAUGCAGACCUCGGAUGCGGACUUUUAUCGCCACAAGUGCUUGGAGUUGGCUGCUGAGGUACAGAGGCGCGAGGAGGAGCUUGUCCACUUGCGCCAAGCCCUCCAAGAGGCGACCGCAUCCAUGGCAUGA